UCGCGUCAUUCAAGCGUGUGCUUUUGCGCAUGCGCAACGUCAACUGCGUAGAAACCAACAACAAACUAUGGCGGACGAACACCCUGAUGCCGAGCAGAGCAUGGAGGGACACACUCCUGUCCCAGAAAAUCCUCAUGCAGAAUAUGGCCUCACUGAAAACAUACAGAGAAUAGUGGAGAAUGAGAAAACGACCUCUGAAAAAGUCACCAAACAGAAGGUGGACCCUCAGACCCUGCAGACCCUUCCCACACGAGCGUAUCUGGAUCAGACUGUGGUUCCUAUUCUCCUGCAGGGCUUGUCAGUUCUGGCCAAGGAAAGGCCUCCAAAUCCCAUAGAGUUUUUAGCGGCAUUCUUACUGAAGAACAAGUCCCAGUUUGAGGAACGAAAUUAAAGACACAGUGUGCGGUGGAAGAUUUAGGAUUACAGUUUUGUGUUUUGUGUAUUUCUUUUGUGAAUUUAAAUGUAAUGGUGUUACAUUCUUCAAACUGUUUGUUUGCCAACAUUAAUGUUGUUUUUUAAGCUCUAAUAAAAUGUUCAAGCAGC